AUGUCUGAAUGGAGCGGAUUUUACUACGCUUCUGCCAACCCCUUACCCACCUUUGGUCGCCGUGCAAAGGCUGCUGAAAAGGAGCGGCAGCGCCCUGAAACUCCUCCUCGAUCCAAUUCGGAUUCACACGACAUUGCCCCAAACUCCAGCCGCGCAAGACGUCCUUUUCGCCAUACGAGGACGUCUAGUGGGAGUCAGGGUAGUCGUUCCUCGCACGACUCGUCGUCGCUUGUGCAUUCCACAACCAGCCCCAAUACCAAAAACGGCCCCGCCCUGGCAGAGGACGACGCUCAUUACUCGCACUCAAAACUGUUAUCAUCUGACUCGCGCCAACAAUCUUCGAAGCCAGUGACGACUACGACCACGACCACGACUGCCUCGACCUCCAACAAACAUCUACCUAGCAAGAGUCUCACCAACGGAGGUGCAUCGCCGUUACACUCGCCUGUUGUCUUCAAUCGGCCUGUGUACGUCGACAAGACUCGACAGCGCGAUCCUCGUCGUCAAUCUUCCGCUGCGACCCCAACAACAACCUCGGUCGAUCUGAAAAAUGUCACCAUGUACUCUCAGUUGGAUGCAGGCAACAAACUCAUGUCAGGGACGACGAAGCAGGUAAACCUCGACUUUCCUCGAACAGACUCGGUCUCCUCCACAAGUGGCAACACAACUGUCUCGACACAAACCAUGACCUCAACAGACCACUCCAACUCUGACCCCGCGACAAAGCCCUUCAUCGUUAAAAAUGGCCGCACCUACUACAAUGACCCUACGUCGGCGUACCCUCUUCCCACCGACCUCGCUGAGCUCCAUCGCCAGAGCCUGCGGACUCUCUUGAUGAUCCAGGUAUAUGGCGCACCCGUCUACACACCUUUCAUCCGAAACAAUCCCCCGCAGCGGGUGUUGGAGGUUGGAUGUGGUACAGGAUUUUGGAGUAUGAUGUGCCACAGAUACUACAAGGAGCGAGGCCACAAUGGUAUUCACUUUACCGGCAUUGACAUUGCCCCCCUGGCCCCUGGCAGCCCUGGAUCCCCUGCCGAGCUGUGCAAGCCAGACAAGGACAUGAAAUGGAGAUUUGUUCAGCACGAUCUUCGACAUCUCCCAUGGCCCUUUGCUGACGAAGAGUUUGAUCUGAUUAUGGUCAAAGAUACGUGCCUGAUGGUUCCGAGUCAUGUUUACCAACUUUUUGUGGAGGAGUAUCUUCGCAUGCUCAAGCCUGGAGGAGUGAUGGAGAUAUGGGAUAGUGACCCAACUUUCCGCAUGCUGCGACCUCAUGUCCCAAGCGCAAUGCCCGGAUCAGAAGAAGCAGAAGAACACGAGGCUGCCCUUGAUCUAGGUGCCUAUCUCAUGACUUCCAAAACGCCCCUUUCCGCGCCCUUGAACUCUUUCUUGGUUGAGUAUAAUACCUGGCUGUCAAGGACUCUGGAAGGACGGCAGCUUUCACCUGUGCCGUGCUCUCUCAUUGGGGCCUUCCUCCACGCUGAAGCAGAGGUUCUUAUGGACAUCAAGACAAAACGUCUAGCUAUCCCCUUGAGCGAAGUCCGAUGGGAGCGCGAAGGUGUUGGCGGUGUUGUCACUAAGGAUGGCAAGUCGUACGUGGAGAUGAAGGCCAAGUCAACACCGCACCAGAAGGUCGAAAAGAAGACCUUGACACCGGGACAAUCUGCGCUUCGCAAGACAGCGCUUUUGACAGUUGCACAACAAGUGUCGGCACUGGAACCUAUCAUCAGAGAAGCGAGCGGCAAGAGCCAGGAUGAGUGGGAUGCGUGGGUAGCUAAGAUGAUGGCAGAUCUGAUGAGUGAGAGCGGGACAAGUUGGGGAGAGUGCUUGGAGUUGGGAGUGUGGUCAUCAAGAAAGAGACUACGCAAGGAGUAA